UCUGUUCAAUAUUUACUAGGAUGAGAACAGCCUACCUAGUGGGAUGUUAGAACUCCUAACAGCCCCACUUAUUCAGACACAUAAACCAGAAACUCAGCAGAAGGGGAAGAAGCUAACAGCCAGAGCAGGCACUAGAAGGUGUCUUUCUAUGAAAAUGGAAGAGAAUGAGUAUGGAAAUGAGAACAAUACUUUCUCUUAUGGUCUCUCAAAGUCUCCUAGUAUGCUUUUAAUAUCCUCUUCUAAAGCCAGUAAGAAGAUGAACAUGAAUUGCAUCAGUCCACCUACCCGUCCACACUCCUUGUCUAGUUCUAGCCAUGUUCUGUCCUCAUGUGUCAGUUUGCCUGGACUGGAAACAGAUUCCAAAAGCAAUAAUGACGAAAGAGAGAGAGAGCUUGUUAUUACACCUGACACUCCACUGACACUUGUCCAAGAAAAAGUGGAUUUUGGUAAAGACUUCAAGUCUGCUUUUAAGCGACCAGAGCCACCCAAAGGUCAUGGAAGCCCCAUCCAGAGCAAAAGAAGAAAGAGUAUGCCUUUUUGUGAGCCACUCACCAGAAAGCCUGUACAGAGGUCUUGUUCUGAAACUGAAGCAACCAUCAUAAAAGCAUUAAUGAAAUCGGAUAUGAACCCUAACUUAAUUGGUGAUUUUUCAAAGCCGUACGCACUGCCUCUAAUUGAAGGAAAACAUAGAGAAUUAAAGAACAUUUCUCCAGAUACAUCGCAGUUGGAGAUUUGUCGCAGCAAUGGUUAG